AUGUUAGGUAAACACGAACAAAUCACUCUGAAGGCAAUCACAGAGGAUGAUUGGGAGGAAAUCAUGACACUUAUCCUCAGGGAUCAAGGACUUGAGGAAUGGGCACAGGGUGAUGUAGAAGAGUGGAACAUGACAAAAGGAAGCAUUCUGGAACAGCAGGUUGUCUGGGAACAGGAUUUAGACAAUGCUCUCAAGGAUAUUCUGUAUGAAAGGUUACGUAAGCCUGUAAAAGACAUCAUGACAAAGUAUGUUCAUGAAAACUGGGGAAAUAAAGUGGGGGAUUAUCUCACACAAAGAAAGAUAAGGUACCUCCACAAUAAAGUAAUGCAGGCUCUGUACAAUCACGGUGAAGGUAAUCACGGUGAAGGUAGCCUUAAAACAAUAGUAAAUGCUGCCAGUGGAAGGGGUUAUGCUUUUCUGUUGCAUGUGCUCGGAGCCCCAAAAAGGGCAGAAGGGGAAGAGGCAGAAGGGGAAGAAGGGAAAAAACGGGAAGAGAAAGAAGAUGAAGAUGGGGAAGAGGUAGAGGGAGAAGAAGAGGAAGAUGAGAAAGAAGAUGAAGAUGGGGAAGAGGUAGAGGGAGAAGAAGAGGAGCAAGAUAAGAAAGAAGAUGAAGAUGGGGAAGAGGUAGAGGGAGAAGAAGAGGAGCAAGAUGAAAAAGAAUAUGAAGAGGGGGAAGAGGUAGAGGGAGAAGAAGAGCAGCAAGAUGAGAAAGAUCCGCAUGAAUUAUUGCGAAAGCGCAUAAUUGCAGACUUUGUUGCGCAUAAAGAACUUUGCUACAUACUUAAAGGGAAAGACUAG